AUGGCCGAUGAUAGCGACAAAUGCACCACAAGUAUAGCCAAUAGAAAACCCUCAUGGCCACCAAUUAGGCUCGCACUUGUCGCGAUUCUCGUCUCAUUUGGAAGCUCGUUCAAUUUCGGAUUCCAAUUGUUAAUCACAAAUCCAGCGCAGGGCGCAUUUCUAAAAAAUGAGUGGUCCUUCAUCGUCGCCAUCUUCUUUUUGGGCUCCGUCAUCGGAGCAUUCCUGAUACGAGUAAUUUCUGAGAGGUUCGGCCGCAAAAACGGCCUAAUUCUCUCAAUCAGCCUCCAAUUCACAUCAUGUGUGAUGGCAAUUGUCAGUUUCUUCAUUGUCAACCAUUAUAUGUACACAUUUUCACGUCUUCUGAUGGGCACUGGAAUUACAACGUCAAUGGGCAUCGCCGCAAUAUUCGUGACCGAAGCGAGUCCGCUUCACUGUCGGGGAAUCACAAGCCUCAUCAAUGGAGUUCUUCUGCAGUUCUCACUUUCGGUGGGAGCGAUUCUAGCGAUGCCUCAGCUGCUAGGGACCCCUUCCCUCUGGUACCUUCUCUAUGUCUUCGAGAUGAUCAUCAUAACCAUUGUCCUAAUCCUUCUGCCAUUUAUCCAUGAUAGUCCAGGACAUUUGGCUUCCAAUAGCAAACCGCACAAGACGGCGCAUUCCAUUGAAUUCUACCAUUCCAUCUCAAAGGCGCAUGCCGAAGAUGAGGCUUCAAGGCUCAUGGACACCCAUAUAAUGCUACCAGGGACUAGCAAAAAAUCACUCAUGUCGGUCUGGCGGGAUCCAUUCGUGAGAAGGGGUACCUUUUUGGGAAUGGUGGUGACUUUUAGCAUGGCGAUGAGCGGAAUUACAGUAAUCAACGCUUUCGCGUUUGAGAUCCUUCUCAACACCGGCCUAGAGAAGUACGAGGCGUCCAUUGCAAACGCGUUCGUCUGCCUAUUCUCGCUCGCCGGUAUUCUGGUCUCGACGCGAAUCAUCGACCAUCACGGUAGGCGACCGCUUCUUCUCUCAACCUUCGCCGCGUUGGCCGUCGUCAAUGUGAUCAUCGUCGGGUUAAUGUACGCGCAUGAAUACACAGAAACCCAUCUAGUCGGCUAUUUGCUAGUCGCCUCGAUUUGCCUAUUCAAUUUUGUGUUCGCUAUGGGACCCGGACCGGUUUCAUUGUUCAUUUCCGGCGAGCUGGUGCCUCAUUCCUAUCGAUCCGCUUCUUCAACAUGGAGCAAUGCAAUAAUGGCAAGCUCACGGUUUAUCAUCCUCUCAAUCUACCUUCCAGUUAAAAAUAUGAGCUCCGAGUACAUUGCCUACGCGAUUUUUUUCAUUGCCCCAAUGAUCGCCGCUGUCGCUUUGUUGUAUUUCAUCCUUCCCGAAAGCAAAAAUAAAAGCCCGGAAGAGAUUCAAGCAGUCUACGAAAAGAAGCAAACGAUUACGAAAUAA